GACAUAGUCCAGAAGUUCCACGAUCCGGAGGUGGAGCGCAUGAACCAUCUGGUGGUGGACAAGAACACCGGCCGGGUGUACGUAGGCGCGGUUAAUCGUCUCUAUCAGCUGUCGCCGGACCUGCUGCUGGUCGUAAAGGAGGUCACCGGGCCGAAGGGCGACUCCACGGCGUGCUCGAUGCUAGACUGCCCCCGCGAGGCGCAAAAGCGGCCGGUCGACAACGUGAACAAGGCCCUGGUGAUCGAUUACACCACCACGCGGCUCAUCUCCUGCGGCAGCCUGUUCCAGGGCAUGUGCACGGUGCGCAAUCUGCACAACAUAUCGGACGUGGUGCAGGAGGUGAAGGAGGCGGUGGUGGCGAACAACGCCACCGCCUCGACGGUCGCGUUUAUCGCGCCCGGUCCGCCGAAUCCGCCGGUCUCCCAGGUCAUGUAUGUCGGCGUGACCUUCACCGGUAACUCGCCGUAUCGCUCCGAGGUGCCGGCGGUGAGCUCGCGGUCCCUCGACAAGGACAAGAUGUUGAACAUCGCGGAAGCGGCGGUCACGACCGGUACGCGAAUGUACGUUAAUUCACUGUCGCGCGAACGUUACCCCAUCAACUACAUCUACGGCUUCAGCAGCGGAGGAUUCAGUUAUUUCCUCACCACGCAGAUGAAGAACACGGAGACGCCGAUCUAUCUUUCGAAACUGGUCCGGGUGUGCCAGGACGACGAGCAUUAUUACUCGUACACGGAGAUACCGAUUAAUUGCACCAGCGACGAUCGUAUUUACAAUCUCGUGCAAGCCGCCUACGUCGGCAAGGCCGGCUCGGUGCUCGCCGGCGACCUGGGUAUCACCGCUCAGGACGACGUGCUGUUCGCCGUGUUCGCCGAGAGCGACGGACCCAACAGUGACGUGCCGCGGCCACUCUCGGCUCUGUGCGUGUACUCGCUCAAGGCAAUCCGCCGCAAGUUCAUGAGCAAUAUACAGAGAUGCUUCAGCGGCGAGGGACAGCGGGGCCUGGAGUUCAUCUCGCCGAGCCACAAAUGCAUAUCAACGAAACUGCAAACGAUCGGCGAAGACUUCUGCGGCCUCGACGUGAACACGCCCUUGGGCGGCGAAGAGCCGAUGGGCGCAACUGCAGUUUUGACGUUCGAGACUCACCUGACGGCUGUGGCUGCCACUUCAACGGGCGAUUACACCGUGGUCUUCGUGGGCACCAAUAAGGGACACCUCAAAAAGGUGGUGGUGGAGAGCUCGACGCUGGCAUUGGAGUACGGUGAUCUCGAGAUCGAUCCCGGCUCUCCGGUGAACCCGGAUCUGCUGUUCGAUUCGCAGCUGAUGCAUCUUUACGUGCUGACAGAGAAGAAAGUAUCUAAGGUCAAGGUACAAGAGUGUUCGGUCUACAAGACCUGCUGGGACUGUCUGGGUGCCAAGGAUCCGUACUGCGGCUGGUGCUCGUUGGAGAACAAGUGCAACUUGCGUAGCGACUGCCAGGACGCGGCCAAGGAUCCGCUGUACUGGAUCUCCUACAAGAGCGGUAGAUGCACGACGAUCACCACCGUCACGCCGGACCAACUGCAACGCACCACUGCCAGGACUCUUGAGCUCGUCAUCGAGAACCUGCCGACGCUCUCCGGGCAGUUUCUGUGCGCGUUCUCCGCCCUCGACAAGACCCUGAUUACGAACGCCUCGCGCAAGUCCUACGGCGUAAACUGCACCACGCCGAGGACCGAUUUGCUGCCGUCGAUACCGCCGGGCCGGCACCAUUUCACGGCCAAACUGUCCGUGCGGAUGACAAACGGGCCCGAUUUGGUGGCGACAAAUUUCACUUUCUUUGACUGCAACACGUACAGCUCGUGCACACAGUGCGUGUCGUCGAGCUUCCCGUGCGACUGGUGCGUUGAUGGUCAUCGGUGCACGCACGACACUGCGGAGAAUUGUCGUAACGAUAUCCUCGUCACGGGAGUCAGCAGAAUGGGACCAAGCUAUAGAAGUGGGCCAGGUUUUUGUCCCACUAUAAACGCCACCGAAUCUCAAGAGAUCCUCGUGUCUUCCGGUAUCAAAAAGGCGAUACGAGUCAAAGUGCAUAUCAUUGGGCAAUUCAUCAUACAAACGCGGUUCGUGUGCCAAUUCAACAUCGAGGGUCGCGUGACGAGUGUAAACGCACGUCUGUUGGCCGACACGAUCUACUGCGAGGAGACAGAAUUCUCUUAUACCUCCCGCGCGCCGAACAUCACGGUACCUUUCGCAGUGAUCUGGGGCGGUUCCAAGCCCCUGGAUAAUCCAGACAAUAUACACCUUGUGAUAUACCGUUGCCGCGACAUGGCGGACAACUGUGGCAUGUGCCUGGCCCUGCCGACGAAGUACGGAUGCGGCUGGUGCCAGAGCUCGGACAGAUGCGAGGUGAAGGAUCAGUGCGACCGCGGCUCGGGCAUGUGGCUCAACAGCAACCAGACCUGCCCAAAUCCGGAGAUCAAAUCGUUUGAACCGGUAAUGGGCCCCUGGGAGGGCAACACGAACGUGACGAUUCGCGGUAUCAAUCUCGGCAAGACGUUCAAGGACAUAGUCGGUGGCGUCACCGUGGCCGGUAUGCGAUGCCUACCUUACGAAGAACUCUACAUUCGGACGAAGCAGAUUGUUUGCCGAGUCGACGGACCUGGGACGCAGGAAGGCAGGAGCGGGCCCGUCAUCGUCAAGAUCGAGGACUUCCGCGGCGAAUCCGACUACAAUUUCGAAUUUGUAGAUCCGCAAAUCAUCUCGAUAUCACCGAAAUACGGGCCUUUGAGCGGUGGCACCACCAUCAAGAUCACCGGCAAUUACAUGAACGCCGGUAGUACCAUCCAUGCUGACAUCGACGACCUGCCCUGCUCCAUAAUAAGCGCUGAACCCAACGAGGCCCUCUGCAUGACGAGCCCGAGCGAGCGAAAGCGGAGCGGCCAGCUAAAGAUGUUGUUCGACGGUGGCAAGCGUUUAUACGACGGUUACUUCGAGUACGUCGACGAUCCGACGAUCGAGAGCGUGGAGAGCGGCGUGGCCGGUCAGAUGAAGGUCCCAAAGGGAAUCCCGGCGGGUGGAAUAAAGAUCUCGGUGACCGGCAAGAACCUCGGCUACAUACAGAGCCCGCAGAUGUACGUCUACUACGACGAGAAGAUGUUCGUGUCGCAGUGCGAGGUGCACAGUCAGGAGAGCAUGGUGUGCAAGUCGCCGACCAUCGAGGUGCCCGAGCACGUGAUACUGGACGCCGAACGGCCGCUCUCCCUCGAGUACGGUUUCCGCAUGGACAAUGUUACCGGCGUGCAGAAUCUCUCGCAGCACGGCUUCAACCACUUCCUCCUGUAUCCGAAUCCGAUCUACGAGGUGUUCGACGAGGAGGUCAAGUAUUACAAGAGCGAUUACCUGACGAUCAACGGCCAACACCUCGAUCGCGCCUGCCAAGAGUCCGACGUGGUCGUGCAAAUCGGUAACGCCUUCUGCAACGUCACGUCCUUGUCGCGGCAGCAGCUCACCUGCCGACCGCCCUUGACGCAACCGCCGGCUAUCGACGCCCAGGGUCUGCCCAAUAAACAAGAAUUGCCGGAGGUGGUGCUGAUAGUGGGCGGCGCGCUUCGUUAUAACAUCGGCAAGCUUAGCUACGCACUGCCAGCCGGGCUCAACGGGCCGCUGUCGAAACCCGCGCUCAUCGGCGUCAUAGCCGCUAUUGUGGUCUUAGUAUUCGUAUUUAUAGCGUUCCUAAUCGCCUAUCGCAGAAAAUCCACGGAGAGCAAUCGCGUGUUGAAGAAUAUGCAGGAGCAGAUGGAUAUUCUUGAGCUACGAGUCGCUGCCGAAUGUAAGGAGGCCUUCGCCGAAUUGCAGACGGAAAUGACUGAUCUCACAGGGGACCUCACCACCGGUGGCAUACCCUUCCUCGAUUACCGCACUUACGCGAUGAUGAUCUUAUUCCCCAGCGACGACAACAGUCCGGUGCUGCAGUGGGACAGGCCGGAGCUCGUACGAAAGGAAAAGGGGCUGCGCUUGUUCGGUCAACUGAUUAUGAACAAGACAUUCCUCUUGUUGUUCGUACGUACUCUCGAGAGCAAUCGUUAUUUCUCGAUGAGAGAUCGAGUCAACGUUGCCAGCCUGAUCAUGGUUACGCUACAAAGCAAAAUGGAAUAUUGCACGGACAUCCUGAAGACCUUGCUGGCGGAUCUGAUCGAGAAGUGCACGGAAGGCAAGAGCCAUCCAAAGUUAUUCCUGAGACGAACUGAGAGCGUUGCUGAGAAAAUGUUGUCUGCUUGGUUCACGUUUCUCUUGUACAAAUUCAUGAGAGAAUGCGCCGGCGAACCAUUGUACGUACUGUUUCGUGCGGUAAAACAGCAGGUCGAUAAGGGUCCUGUCGAUGCGAUUACUUCAGAAGCACGAUAUUCCUUGUCCGAGGAAAAAUUGAUCCGACAAUCUAUCGACUUCAAGCCAAUGACGGUUUACGUUUCGAUAUCGCAACAAACCGUGUUUGUUGGCGGAAUGGAUCCCAACACGGAGAACGUGCCGGUCAAGGUCCUAGACUGCGACACAAUAUCUCAAGUGAAGGAGAAAGCGUUGGACACGAUCUACCGAGCGACCCCGUACAGCCAAAGACCCCGGAAGGAGGAUCUUGAUCUCGAGUGGCGAACUGGCGCAUCCGGUAGAUUAAUUCUCUACGACGAAGACUCGACAACGAAGACGGAAGGCGAGUGGAAGAAGAGGAACACUUUGAAUCACUACAGGGUACCGGACGGAGCGUCGCUCAACUUAGUCUCCAAACAAUCGUCUAUAUACAAUCUCUCGAUUCUGUCGGAGAAAACGGACAAGUCGCACAAGUACGAGACUUUGAACCUUAGCAAGUUCAGCUCGGCGAGUCCUCCACUCUCUCGCGCCACCUCGCCGCUCAAUCAGAAUAUUGAGGCUGGUAUGAAGGUCUGGCAUCUCGUCAAGCACCACGACUCCGACGCGCGAAAAGAGGGAGAUCGCGGCAAUAAAAUGGUCUCGGAGAUCUAUUUGACGAGGUUACUGGCGACCAAGGGUACACUCCAGAAAUUCGUCGAUGAUCUUUUCGAGACGAUAUUCAGCACUGCCCAUCGAGGCUCGGCGCUACCUCUCGCCAUCAAGUACAUGUUCGAUUUUAUGGACGACCAAGCUCUGCAGCACGGCAUAUCCGAUCCGGAAGUGGUCCACACGUGGAAGAGCAAUUCCCUUCCUCUUAGGUUUUGGGUUAAUCUCAUCAAAAAUCCGAAUUUUAUUUUCGAUAUACACAAGUCCAACAUCGUGGACUCGUGUCUAUCCGUCGUGGCGCAGACAUUCAUGGACAGUUGUUCGACGUCGGACCAUAGAUUAGGUAAGGAUUCUCCGAGUUCAAAGCUAUUAUAUGCGAAGGACAUUCCAGUGUACAAAGAGUGGGUGGAGCGUUACUACUCAGAUAUUAAAGUCAUGCCAGCCAUAUCCGAUCAAGACAUGAAUGCCAUGCUUGCCGAAGAAUCGAGGUUGCACACAACGGAGUUUAACACGAAUUGUGCUUUAUACGAACUGUACACAUACGCGGGUAAAUACAACGAACAACUAAUAGUCACGCUCGAGGAGGACGAGUUCUCGCAGAAGCAGAGACUGGCGUACAAGCUCGAGCAAGUGCACAAUAUAAUGGCGGCGGACAAUCCCUGAUGCAUGACCAUGAACUCCAUGAAGCACAUGACGAAACCUGCUCGUCAAGAGUUACCCUGCUGAGCGGUCAAUCGCGGUCCGGCAUAAUUAUCAACGGCGCGAACGAAGGGAACUGGCCUACCUUGAAAUCGAUUAUCUCAGGUUCCGUGCAAAAGCCAGUUUUCCCAGAUUAAUCGCGAGUCGCGAGUGAACUUUAAAGUUAUUCCGACACACGGCGGGGCUGGAAAAAGGAGCGUCGCGAGUUAAACUGGGAAUUAAUUAAAGGACUAAGUGUUAAAAGUAUGUGUCGAGGAAGUCUUCUCAGAGGUCGCCAGUUCGUAGGUGUGGCCAUAAUCAUAAGCAGCACAUUGCCGCGUGCGCGCGUAAUUGUACAUAAGAUAUCAAAAAAAAAAGAAUCAUGAAUAAUUGUAAUAGGAUAUUAAAUGGUACGAUCACCGCUCGACGGUCGAGUCGAGCGGAGGAAGCGGGGCGAGAGCGUUUCCCUCGUCGCGCACGGUGAUCGCACGCCCGUUUGCACCGCGAGUGAUUUUAAAGAUGAAUGUAACGUGAAACGCACGCUAGUGAUAAGAGAAGGAGCGAGCCCUCGAUGUCGAGCGACAAUUUGUAAAUGUGUUUAAAAGGAAAAGAGGAACGAUCGAUCGCCGGCGCCGUCACCUCGGCGAUCCGGCGAUCUUUUUAACGAAGAAACAUUUCCAUCCACCGCUACUCUAGCUGAAAUUUUUUGAAUUACGGAGAACUGACGAAUUUUAAGAGAAUAAUGAUAAUUACCGGUAACGAUGAAAUAAUUAAAUAUGGGUAUAUUAUAUAUAUAUAUGUAUAUGUAUGGAUGGUAUGUCGUAUGUAUAUGUGUACAUAUAUACACUUUAUACCGGCGCAAGCAUGCCUGUGUGUGCGUGUGCGUAUAUCUAGUAUCCGAUGAGGAGGCGCGCGUGCGAGCAGGUAGGACGGUAUUCCGCGCCGAGUUGUUUUGCCAUAACUUUAUCACGCAAGGAUCGAGACCCGUGCAAGUCUCACCCGCUCACACGCUUACGUGGCGCGCUGUCGCUCGCUCGCACGCUCCAUAACUCGGCGGCGCCGUACCGCGCGCACGUGCGCAUUUAAUAUGGUGUAUUACGUAUACUUACACGGCGCUCGAGAAGGAGGGAAGAGGGGUGGGGGAGGAAAGAAAAAAAGAAACAGGAAAGAGGAGAGUCGUCCGCGCGACGGAGACACGACUGUGUAUUAGUUAGUAAGUAAUUAAUCUAUGGACUAUGGCCGCGCGCGAGGCCAGCUCGAUGUGACGGUUGUGUUGAGUGUGCGUGCUUCCCCUCCUUGGUCUCCGCGACUCGUUGUUCCAUUUCGCCAUUUAAUCGUUCAUUCCUAUCGUCGUGCAUCCAUCACCGAUAUCAUCGCCGCUGUGUUCCAUAAUCAUCGACAGCCCCUAUCCUUCCCCUUCCACGUCCUCGUGUCCAUCGUUAUCUCCGAAUCUAUCUCCCCCUCUCGUACUACUUGUGGUAUGCCCGCCACGAGAAACUCUCCUGCUCUUCCUUCAUCCUCCUACAAUUCAUCUACUUUCAAUCCUCCCUUUCUCUAUCUACCCCCCUGUCUCUCUCUCUCUUUCUCUCUCUUUUUCUCCCUUGUAAUGCUUCAACGCCUCCGUCGUCAUGUUGUUGUCACUCUUAAUUAUUGUAAUAUAUAAUGAAUAACGAUCACUGUUGAGUAUUGUCUGAUUGUAAUACAUUGAUAUUGAAUUGA